AGGCAUGCGCCACCACAGCCCGGCUCCAGUUUUCUUUAUUAUGCUAUACAAAGUACUCUUGGGGGAGAACCAUGGCGGCUGGCUCUGGUUGCUCUGUGCAGUGGUAUAGGGAGGAAGAACUUGAGAACCGCGACUGGCUGCUUCAUGGAUCUCGGAACUCACGCAGUUUCUGUACUGUGGAGAAGAAGUUUUUCACAGUCUGAACAGGUAACCAGCAAUGAGGACCUGCCAAUCCCAAUGGAAAAGCCCUAUAAGGAGCCUCUUAAGAAGUGUGUCUUGUGCGAGAAACAUGUAGAUUACAAGAAUGUGCAGCUUUUGUCCCAGUUUAUUUCUCCAUUUACCGGAUGCAUUUACAGAAGGCACAUAACAGGACUUUGUGGAAAGAAACAGAGGGAAAUAACUAAAGCCACUAAGAGAACUCAGAAAAUGGGGUUUAUGCCAGUUACAUACAAGGAUCCUGCAUAUCUCAAAGACCCUAGAGUUUGUAACAUCAGAUACCGAGAAUAAAUUUUGUAUUUGUAAAGUUCCUGCCAAUAAACCUCUAAGUGGUUGUCAGCAGA